UCCCCCUUUUUUCUACUGCAAUUUUUAAAAUAUGGAAUCAGUGUCACUGUGUGUUCAACCUGUAUCUCUGUGGACUUUCAAGGUAGGGGCAGGAGGAGAUGGGGAGGGUGUGCAGUUAUCCUUCAAUGAAAAGCGUCAUUAAAAAAAAAAAAAAUCCAAUAUCAUGCAUCCCCAGUUUUAAUGUAAUCCAACCCUGUUUUUAACGAUGUACCUUGUGUUUAGCUCUUCAUUUCAUUUUGUUUUUUUAUGUCCUGUUUUUAUUGUAAAGCACUUUGUAACUAUGUUUUGAAAGCUGCUAUAUAAACAAAGUUUAUUAGUAUUUAAUUGCUCUUAUACAGUUCAUAAUUUACUUCUACUCUUACACUAGUUGCGUAUACCCAUUUUGUGAUAUACUCUUAUUUGUAUCCUUUACUUCUCUAUAUUUAAUGUACUUACUUCUGUCUUUGCACUGCUGCAAUUCCUGAAGUCCCCUCUGGGGGUCAGUACAGGUUAUCUUAUAAUAUCGUAACGAAAAACAAACGUAAACCACGGAUAUUUUAGAGUCAAACGCAGAGGACAUAUUUCCAGAGCCAAAAGAUCAUCAUCAUCACUGCUUCCGUGCCCGUGAACGUCAGCCCCGUCAUCCUCGCCAUCAUCAGAUGGGAGGAGCGCACGAGGAGCGCAGGCACCGCCGGUUGUGUGUCAGAGGGCCGCAGCGCGCUGCAGAUGAAGCAUGGCAGGCGACAGCGAGACAAAGCCAGGUGACCAAGCCGAAAAUGAGACCGUUAACCGGCAGCCUUUCCUCAUCGGUGUGGCCGGAGGCACAGCCAGCGGCAAGUCGUCGGUGUGCGGCAAGAUCAUGGAGCUGCUGGGCCAGAAUGAGAUCGACCACCACCAGCGGCAAGUGGCCAUCCUCAGCCAAGACAGCUUCUACAGGGUCCUCACCCCAGAGCAGAAGGCCAAGGCACUCAAGGGCCAGUUCAACUUUGACCACCCAGAUGCUUUCGACAACGAUCUCAUCAUCGCGACUCUGUGGGACAUCAAGGAGGGAAAAACCGUCCACAUCCCUGUUUAUGACUUUGUUUCCCAUUCCAGGAAGGAAGAGACAGUGACGGUGUACCCUGCUGACGUGGUGCUGUUCGAGGGCAUCCUGAUGUUUUACUCUCAGGAGAUCAGGGACCUUUUUCAGAUGAAGCUGUUUGUGGACACUGACGCAGACACACGUCUGUCUCGAAGAGUGCUGCGGGAUAUAAGUGACCGUGGACGGGACCUGGAAAGCGUUCUAGCACAGUACAUCAUGUUUGUCAAGCCUGCGUUUGAGGAGUUCUGCCUGCCAACGAAGAAAUAUGCUGAUGUGAUCAUACCGAGAGGAGUUGACAAUCUCGUUGCCAUAAAUCUCAUAGUUCAGCACAUCCAGGACAUCUUAAACGGCGGUUUGACCAAACGGCUGAACGGGUGGUUUAACGGCUGCGCAACUGCAAAGAAGCAGCCAAACAUGGAGUCAAGCAGUCGGCCCCACUGAGCGCAGCACUCCCUGGAGACGAAAGACGGUUCACCUGUACGUGCCAAACAGGCUCUGCGCUGUGGCUAACAAAGCAAGAGUAAAGCCAGGAAAUCAAAAGGCCUCUUUUUGAUAUGAUUCAGUUUGGACUGAAGGGGAACCAUCCGUUUGUGGAUCUGGUUUAAAGGUUGUGUUCAGUUAUAUUUUCCUCUGUAGCUUGUGUACUGUAUGAGAUGGAAGAGGGAGAAAAACAAAGGGGCUAACUUGUAAUUUAAUUUCAAACUGCUGCUUGCCUUUACCACCGCACUGAAGCUAACUACAGAAGCAGUUAUGGUGUCUAAAACACACUUGAUAGCCUUUAACCAUACAAUAAACGCAGUGUAGCAACGCGCUGUUCAAUGGCAGGGCCUUACCCAAACUCACUACCGUUAAAGGUGACUAAUUCCCUUUAUCAAUGCAACUUCUUCUUUUGUUUCCAGGCUAAGUGUAAAGCAUUUUUUGACUUGUAUGAAUAGAUUUUCAAAACGAUGUACUAAUGGAUCAAGACUUUGGAUGUUUGCGUCAUGUCGCCCCGCGCUGCACUUGCUUUGUCUUGUCUAAACCUAAACUGAAUCAGUCAAAUUAAAACAACCGAUUCCCACCUCAAACCAUUAGAUGUACGACAUCACCAAAGAUCACUUUCUGUAAUGUCUUUGUGGACUAAUUAUGUUUAUUUUUAUUUCAGUGUGACACUGACGUUACUUUAACUAAUUCAUUCAGAUGUUGCUGAGAGAAAGAACUGUUUAUGUUGCUCUAGAUUACCACAAAGUAUUGAUUUCCUUUGAGUCCCAUGAACUUGAAUCCUCAGAUGUUUGCAGGUUUCAUUUCAAAGACACGAUGAUAACAGUGUUACUGAAUGCAUUGAGCUGUAAAAUGUCAUCAAGUACGAGAAACCCGUAAAUGUUCUUCCUGUGUACAUUUUUCUCAUGAUAAAGUUCUCAGGUACUCUUUAUUUGCUUGAGUUGACACAUCUGUCACGUCCAGGUCCUUGUAUUUGAUUUAAAUAUAUACGUUUGUUUUUUAAGACAUUUUCUGUUUCUGUUUGACUCAUAAAUCUGCAUAUUGAGAGAAUAAUGCCAUGUGCUUGGUGCCAUAUUGAAGAAAAGGUUCAAGGUUCAUUCAUUAUUCCAAGUCCAAGGUGGUUAGCUCCACUGCUAACCUGUAGCCACACCUGAUAAACAGCCUAAAUU